AUGGUGGAAAUGCUGUGGGUGACAUUUCUCAGCGAUCAUGGUACCUUUCAGCCUUACCCUCGCUCACGUCGCUCGACUCGCCAGACCGAAGGGGAAGCAGCCCCCUCCGAGGCGCGCUGGCCGCGAGAUGAGGCUGCCAGCCCCCCUUGGCACCCGUGCCGUCCUCGGCGUCGCCGAGCUGCCGGAACUCUGCGGCUGGGGAAGCGGCAGUCGGUGGAAGACGCGCUGAGACACCGCACGGCCGCAGCCGGCGCAGGCCUCGGAAAGCCAGGCCGCGUCCUGCGCUCGGCGCGGGAGAAGGGGCGGGAGCAGACUCUGCUGCUAUCCCCGCCGCCGAAAGCUCCCGUUAGAAACAGCACGGAGCACCUGGAGGCGCCACAGUGUGGGAGCCCGGCCUCGGGGACGCGCGCGCGCUCGCCGAUCGCGUGGACGUGGGCUGGGCGGAAGCGGCGGGAACCCCACGCCCCAGGCAGCGCCGCCGUCACCUCGGGCGCCUACCGGGGGGACCCAUCCUCCGUCAAGAUGGUCCAGAGCGACUUCAUGCAGGGGGCCAUGGCCGCCAGCAACGGCGGCCAUAUGCUGAGCCACGCGCACCAGUGGGUCACGGCCCUGCCCCACUUUCACCCUAACAGGAGCUGGACAAAAUCCUCCAUAAAAUCGGCGCAUCUACUGUUAACCUCCAGGGGGCGCUCGCGAGUCCGCCCCGCACAGGCCCCGCCGCCGGAGGCCGCGAGCGCGGAGGAGGGGCCGGCGGCGGACCGCGCAGCAGCUGGGUUCCCUCCGCGCCUCGCGACGAGGAACCGCGCAAGGGCGUCGGAAAGUUUCCUAACACUUGUGGGAAGAAGGCGGAUGAAGUGCAAACCUUACUUCGAGGCUGGGAAUAGCUCGAAAGUGCCAGAAGUGUCACCACGCAAUCGAGCUUUGGCCCCUUCUUCCCCAGAAGUUCCCCCAAACGCAUGUCAUUUCCCUGGCCGAUGGAUCAGAGUCCGCCUAGGAAAGGGCUCCACGGAACAGGGAGCCCUGGGCUCCGGGAGGAAGAGAUUCCAGGGAUCGCUGCAGACACUGCGCCGGCCGCCCCUGCCGGGCUCCCUGGGGUUCUCCGAACCCCCGCAGGGAGCACCCCUAUGCUGCCUUGCGAGGGAGAACGUGCGCCAAGAACACAGUUCAGGUCCUCGCACUGCACCGAGGAACGCAGAGCCUAGGGCCCUGGGCUGGGAUGCGGGCCUGCCAGGCUGUGCGCACUCGGGGAUGCUCCGGGGAGGAGAGCCGAGCCGGGGUGCGCGUGUCUGUGCCUGUGUGCCUGGCCGCCCACUGCUGCUUCUGUUGCGCAGGGGGUCUGCCUCUUUGUCCCCUGCCACAGGCCUCCGCGGUGACAGUCUGCGCGCUGCCCACGUCGCCCCCACACCUGGGGCGCGGGGCCGAGGGGCGAGCGCGUCCGCAGCGCCCCCCGCGGCCCCUGAAGCGCCUCCAGAGUGGAUCACUGGAGCAAACGCGGCUCCGACCACGAGCGCCCCGCAGCUGCCAAACCUCGGCCCAGAAACCUGGAACGGGGGACCCAGCUCAACGGCUUUCCACAGACAGACAGACAAUACAAAUCCGCAGACGCGAGGACGGGGAGCCGCGUCCGGGCCCUGCUGCCAGCCCAGUGCCAGGCGCUUGGCUCCGGCUGCCCGCGCGCCCCCGCCCUCGGAGUUCCGUCCCCACCCGGAGGGGAGAACAGCUCAAUUACUCGGGGAGGGCGGGGACGCGGCGACCUGCGCGGGGGUCCUGCCCUCCUCCGCCGGAACAAAGCCCGCCGCGGGAGCUCGCGGCCGCGCGGGGGGCUGCGGACAAAGGCGGCCGGGCGGCGGGCUGCGCCGAGCUGCCAGCCAGGGCUCCCACCGCCCGGAGGGAAGGAGGGCCCGGAAGAUGGGGGCAGGAUCACUAAUUCGACUUCUGAAGGUCGCUCUAGGUGUUCAGAUAACUGAGAGCCCUCACAGGGCCAAGGUCCAGGUGAAAGGGAAAGAGUCAUUCACCCGGAGAGAAGGGCAGGCCGCUCCCGUUUUAAUCGGAACCCACAGGCUGCUCGCCGUCUACGUACAGGGCACGGAUGGGCGCCGAGCGCCUCUGGGGCUCGGGACCGCCGGCUGCAAGCACUGGCUGGGGGCGGCGAUCGCCGAAACCGCGCGCCUGCAGCUGGGGGUGCGGGGUGCACGCACACGCACACUCAUUAGGAACGACGUAUUUAUUGAAUGUCCGAGUUCCUCUGUGCUGCGUUUCCGCUUGGCCGCGUCCCCUCUUCUCCCGCCUACCCGGAGCACUCCCCCUCCCGUCCCCCUUAACUCUUUCAGCUGGGCCGGGGCUAAGAAAGCGUCAGUCGCCGCCAGCCCCAACCACCGCGCAAACCCUUACGAGACUGAAAAGAAAGGAAAAAAUGCACCCUCCGAGCUAAGAAUAGCAAGCAAAACCCCACCAAUAAUCACCAUCGUGAAAUUGAAAUGUCGGGCAGAUUGCUUUGCAAAUAGCUCGUGUGGCUCCGCAGACAGGCACCCUCCAAACUCGCAAGGGCACGCACGAGUCCACGCUCGUCCUGUGGGCAGAAAGGAGGAGCGGGAGCAGGAGGGCACCGAGGAAGAGUGGACCCAGCGCAGGCCCCCUCCCCACCCGGCAAGUCCCGUUGGAGCGAGCCGAGCGCGCCGGGGCUGGGGGGGAGCCACGACCCUCCUUGAAGGGGGCGGCCACGGAGUGCGCCCCGAGAAGCGAGCACCCCUCGCCAGAGCGCUGCUGCUGCUGCUUCUGCUGCUGCUGCUGACCCAGCACCACCACCACCACCACCACCACGCACACCCGCACCCGCCGCACCCGCACCACGCGCAGGGCCCCCCGCACCAUGGCGGUGCCGGCGGGGCCGGGCCCGGACUCAACAGCCACGACCCGCACUCGGACGAGGACACGCCAACCUCAGACGACCUGGAGCAGUUUGCCAAGCAGUUCAAACAGCGGCGCAUCAAGCUGGGCUUCACGCAGGCCGACGUGGGGCUGGCGCUGGGCACGCUGUAUGGCAACGUGUUCUCGCAGACCACCAUCUGCCGCUUCGAGGCCCUGCAGCUGAGCUUCAAGAACAUGUGCAAGCUCAAGCCGCUGCUGAACAAGUGGCUGGAGGAGGCGGACUCGAGCACCGGCAGCCCCACGAGCAUCGACAAGAUCGCGGCGCAGGGCCGCAAGCGCAAGAAGCGGACCUCCAUCGAGGUGAGCGUCAAGGGCGCGCUCGAGAGCCAUUUCCUCAAGUGCCCCAAGCCCUCGGCGCAGGAGAUCACCAACCUAGCCGAUAGCCUGCAGCUGGAGAAGGAGGUGGUGCGGGUCUGGUUCUGCAACCGACGCCAAAAGGAGAAGCGCAUGACACCGCCCGGGAUCCAACAGCAGACGCCCGAGGACGUGUAUUCGCAGGUCGGCACCGUGAGCGCCGACACGCCGCCGCCCCACCACGGCCUGCAGACAAGCGUACAGUGA